AUGACCGGUCAUCAUAUUUACCGUUAUGAUAGCGUUACUCCGUAUGUAGAUGUUUAUAAUACGAUUCCUUCUAUGCCUAAAGGCAUGUGCAACAUCAAGGUUUACAUUGGUAUUGCUAUACUAGGCAUGAUCGCUGGAUAUAGUGCUGCUCUAUGCUUCGGAAUUCAAUACCAUAACUAUUCUGCCACAACUAUGGCUUUCAUAUCCGGAGUAGGUGCAACGGUAUUACUUUAUAUGCACUUGGCAUAUAAAAAUGGGAAGAUGAUUGACUGGCCGAGGGCUCGAUUUACAUGCUAUCUCUGGGGAGGAUGGGUAAUGUUCGUUAUAUCAAUGAUCGGAUUGAUCGCUUGCCUCGUAUAUGCUGGAGUUCAUCACCAAACCCUGACAUCAGAAGGCCUACAAGGCGAGAAUUUCUGGCUUACAUCGGUUUGGUUCUUUAUGUUAGCGAAAUGGACAGCAAUGAUAGGAGUAUUCGCUAAACGUUAUCAUAGCCUAACGCUUCUUCCUCUGUCGAAAUCUCCUCCAAUACCAUUGGAAACACCGGAAAUAGUCAAGGAAAAGCCGAAUUUUUAAAUUGUAGCUAGAUUUAAUUCACAGGCCUCGUGGUCAAAACAUUUACAUGUACAAGCUUUGUAGGUGUCAUAUUCUUUGGCAGGUUGCAUACGCUUUCAAACGAUCUCAUUUGUGCCUAGCAAAGGCGUCGAAUAAAUUUUUAUAAA